UGAGGAGAUCUUUAGGGAGUCUGCCAAGGGUAUCAAGCAAUGGUUGGGAGAACACCUUGUCGAAGAGCUCAAGAAGCGCGCCGAAAGCGACACCGAGGCACCGUCCAACUCUGCUCCGACGGAUGAGACGCCGACGAAGGGCCACAAGUGCAUUCUAGAGCAGCUAUACAGAAGCGGCGAUCCGCUUAAUGCAUCGUCAAAGAACCUGGCCAGCUUCAAUUUAUGGACCCAAACCCACACCGGCAUGAUAGGUUCGGAGUCAUCGCAGCGGAUUGGUCCUCUUUUAACUGCGUCAUUAUAUCGGGAGAAAAAAGCGCCUCUUCAUCAUGAAUUUGCGGUGAUCGGGUUUGGGAGGAAUAGGACCACCGAAAGUUGGAUACGAGUCGAAAGGGCAGCAAAGUGGGAAAAACUCCAUUUCAGCAGCUUUGCCCCAAUGUUCGGCGGUGCACCGCUCCGCGAAAGCGUCUCGUUCGCAAAAUCUGCCCAAGACCUUGUUUUCAGUCCCGCAGACGAGCUAGCCAAAAUCAGUAUAACGGCUAUCGGCGCGCCGAUCUGGCUGUCGGAGGUUGGGUACCUUCUUACGUCCAUCUCUCGCCAUUCUCCCCAAUACCAGUUGCUGACUGCCAACUGUCGUUUCUUUGCCCGUGAGGUUGUGUCUGGUCUUUGCGAGCGCCUCUCACGGACGGACACACACCUGCUCAAUGUCCUCUGGCGAGGGCGGCCCGCCACCCCUUCCGUGCUCCGUCAACACAUACAAAGAGACCCAUUCGGUGGCCGGUAUCUCAAUGAUCCUCUCACCAUCGCCAUCCAUGCAGAAUCCCUGAUCCGUCUGGCCGAUUCUAUUGCGUUCUACAACACGUCUUUGCUAAAGGAGGGUAUGAGUUUAUGCCACGAAGCUUCUCAAUUGCUGGAACGGGCCGUAGGAGAGCAGGAUGAGCUUUCCAUGCUCAAGUCACAUGCGUAUGAGUCACUAUCAGAAAUCUACUAUAAAAUGGGAAAGAACGCGGAGGGACUGGCAGCGAGUCGAAAUUCCUGGGAGAUGGUCAAUAUGGUGAAAGACAAAUCAUCCUUCAAGUCUUCCCUGUACACUUGCGCUGCAGCGGUCAACCUAGUUACCUUCUUGGGGCGGACAGAGGACUACACUGGAGCUCUCGAGUUUGGCAAGAAUGCCAUUCAAUGGUGCCGUGAAACCCGCGCAAGAUUCCCCAGCGACUCUGUCACUUCUAGGACACUAGCCACCUGCCUUCGAGUGAUUGCCUCAUUCUUAAACCAAUUAGGUCGAUCCGAGGAAGCAUAUACCUUGCUCCGAGAGGCCGUCCCCAUUUUAUCCAACUUGUACCAAAGCGAUCGCAACAUGAUACAUCGCGAACAGUAUGGAUUAGCUCUUGGGGAUUGUGCAUGGGCUCUGUCGAACCUUAAUCGUGCGGACGAAGCUGUUCAAUAUUACCUUCAAGCCAUAGAUCUCUCGCGGCAGUUGUUUGCGACAGAUCCAGGAGCGCACCGGCCAGAUCUGGCAACGAAUCUUUAUAAUUUAGCAAGCGUAUACGAGCAGAUGGGACAAUGGGACAAGGCAUGCAUUUACGCUCGCGAGGCUGUCGAUCUGCGAAAGUACCUUUUCGAACGCGAGCCUGAUCGCUAUCGCUGGAUGUUUUCCACGGCGCUAGGAAACUUGGCAGUGUACGAGGGCAGGAAUGGCAACAAAGAAGAAGAGUUUAGGUUAUGGGGAAAUGACCUAAUACUCACAAGGCAGCUGUAUCGAUUGGACCCAAGCAAGUACCGAGAAAGAUUGCUCAUGAAAAUCAGCCGGAUGGGACAGUUACUAAUGGAAAUGGGGCGCAUGGAGGAGGUAAGUUCGCUUGAGCCAGAAUUCAUGGAGGUGACCGGACUCGAGAGCCGUGCACAAGACUAAGGGGCAGUAUAUAUCGG